GGGGGGGGGCAGCCCCCCCCCCGAGGAUGUUCCGCCUGGAGGAGUUCCCGGAGGAGCCCCCCGCGCUGGGGCGGCCCCGCGACCCCCCCGAGUCGCCCUGGGGGGGGACCCCCACGCCCAGCCAGCCCGGCACCCCCACGGCAGAGCAGCGGAGCCGCCUGGGCUCGGACCCCGCCGGGGGGCGGGGGGGGGCGGAGGGCGGGGGGGGCCCCCCCGGGGAGGCGCCGGGGUUCCGGGGGCGCUCGCGCUCGGCCCCCCCCGUGCUCUGGGCCGCCCUGCGCUACGGCCGCGAGCUGCGGCGCAUGAGCGACGAGUUCCAGCUGCAGGUGCUGCCGCGGCCGCGGAGCCUGGGGGGGCGGGGGGGGCCGCUGGGGCUGGCUGGGGGCCUGGUGGGGCCGCCGCCCCCCCCGCGCCCCCCCGCCGCCCCCCCGCCCCGCCGCGACCCCCCCUGAGCCGCCCCCCCCCCCCGAAUAAACCCCCCCUUUGUAACCGC